AUGGCUCGUCAUGGUCCAAAGCCGUGGACAACAGUCAAAGAGGAUGCAUUUCUCAAAGCUUUACUACCUGAGUUCAUCAGAGCUCGGCAUCUGAAAAUGUUUGUGAAUUUUUGGGCCGAUACCUUCCGCAGUUUUUUCCAUCAAUGGCCCGAGCAUAUGCGUCUACACCGCAAUGGCGUCCCUGCUGAAGGAGACCUUACCCCUGAUCAAUUAAAAAUUGUUAAGCUGGCCAUCGCCGAGCGUAAGCUAGUCAUCAAGCCGUGUCUUGCGCAUUCAGGCAAUUCCCAUGGUGUGCUCAAUCUCGAUGACACAUUCAAUGGGGGGGUUGAUGAGCUCAGAGGGUCUCGUGCACCACAAGAAGUCGAAAUUUAUUCACAAUAUCACUAUGAAACACGCGUGAAGUCUGCCGCUGAUUCUGCAAUUACAAUGGGGGGGAUUUCCUCGCAUGGUGAUAAGCUGUCUAAACGGAAGGAGAUCACUCGUAUCAUGUAUGCCAAGGAGGGUGAUGAAAUAUGCACCGAAGUCAAGCAAAAGCACGAAGAAGUGCUCGCCAAGUGGAAACACAAUCGUGUGCUGGCCAAAGCUGGGUUAGUCAAAGAAGUUGAUGAUGACACAAAGAUACAAGCUUUCGAUGAAUUGGGGUCGCACCUGGAUCGUAUCUUCCGUCAUCUAUCCCAUAAGACAGGGGGACUGAAAUUCACCUGUAUUGCUGGUGGACGCAACCCUAGUACAGGAGAGGUCAUUGUAGUCGAUUUCCACUUGGGAGAAACAGACACAGGUGCAGAUUUCUCAGCCUCUUAUCCUGGGUUCUCGGAUGUUCAGGUCGCCUAUGCAGAUUUUGUGAAGAAAGCUGUUGCUCACGAUGACAAUAUGCAGUCGCCGGUGAACAAAGAAGCAUCAGCACAGGCCCUAGGUGCCAGGAAGGAUAUGAACGAGUGCGAAGAUUCAAAUCAAGAUAUUUUCGAUGAUGAAGAUGGGAACAUUUGUGAUAACGAAGAUGGGAACAUUUGUGCUGAUGAAGGGAAUGUUUGUGAUGAUGAAGACGGACAAGAUACUACCAUUGACCUUUAUAAUAUACCCCAGGAGUUCACGCCUGUUCUGGACUUCUCAGCAGGCCUGCAAGGCAUUGACCUGGAUACCUCAGAAUGGUUCAACUUGAACGUGGAUCACCUUUACAAUGAGUCUGAUACACUCCUUCAAUUCGAGGAGUUAGACCCUUCAGUUCUUGGUAUGGACAUAACAAAUAUGAUUGCUACAUUGUCAAACAUUACUGAUCAAAAUGGUGCCCCCUCCCCACUUAACGCAUUGUUCGAAUACCCUACUGCCGUUGCAUCUGCUCCCAUACCUGCACAAGACCUUGACUACUACCAGCUCGCUCAAUUUUUUCAAGAUUUGAACCUCCCAGACAAUGGAGCACUCGAGUUCACUGUUCCACCUCCAUUACUACCUGUUGCAGCGCUCCAUUAUCAGUUACCGGAUCCAUCUACGGUUCCAGGUAUAAGAGCAACUACUCCCUUGCUACAAUCAACAGCUCUCCAGAUGCUAUCACCAUGA